AGCCAGGUACGCGCGACCCCUGCUGCCCCGCCGCAGCCCGUGCCUCCGCCGAGGCGGGUGUGUGUGCGUGGCACCUGGGAGCGGGUCCCACUGCGCGUCGCCCACCAACACCUUCCUCCCGCACCAUCCUUACCCAGCCCCAGUUCCACCCAGCCCACCUGGGCGAGACAACCCUGGUGCGAAGGACAGAGAUUCCGACGGAAGAGCGAGUGCGCAAGCAAGGGAGGGAAGAAAAGGGGGCCUCCUGGAGAGGCGGGCGCGCCACCCCAGCGGCGGACACGUGGCGCUGCGUGCAGACAGUCGGGGUGCCCAAGCUCUCCAGGCCGUCGCAUCUGACCAAAGUCGAGGCCAGCUUCCAGAACACCGGGGCUCGCUGAACCAUGACCGAGACCCUGGACACCAGGGAGGACCCCCUCAACCUGGGCGGCGGCUGGGCAUCCUCGGCCCACUUGGGCACCUGGUCUUCCUGCCACCGAAGGCACAGAGGCGCCCCGAUUUACAAGCGGCGGUACCGCUAUGGCCCCAAGGCCGACUAUGAGCCCCCGAGGAAGCAGCCAAGACAACAGCACGGCCCUGGCCCUUGGUUCCAACCACCCCGACGGCCCUCUUGGGACGUGUACUCCAACUGGAGGCCCUGGGGAGGGCCCUGGCGCCCACCUCCGUUGGGGUUCCGGAAGCCCCCCCGUCCGGUGCAGCUGAUCCGGGUGUAUGGCCUGCACCCCUUCUGCCUGUGCUGCUGCUCCUGCUUGCGCGGGCCCUGGAUCCCCGGCUGGGCGCGGCCCCCCGGAUGGAAGAAGCGCUGGGGGCGCAGGGGCCGCGGGCUGCGCCGCCAUCCUCGCCGCUCCUGCCCCAGGAGCCCGCCCGUGGAUCUGAGCACGCUGCUGCGGCCCGUCAACCUGUACGGGUGGCGGGCGCCGGGCAUGCGGGCGCCGCGCAACACCACCCAGUUCAUCAUGAACCAGAUCUACGAGGACAUGCGGCAGCAGGAGGAGCUGGAGCGCCAGCAGGGGGCGCUGCGCGAGCAGCAGGCCCAGGGAGAUGGCGGCUCCCCGACGGGCGCCUUUCCCGGAAACGAGUCCCCCAGCGGCGGCGAGGAAGAGGCGGACCUGCCCGAAACGUUGUACAGCUUCGUGGAGAAUCCCUCGCUGGUCUUCAGCCCUGACCCCGACGAGGAAAACUCGUCUCCCAUCCCACAGCUGGCGGAGGAAGAGGAGAAAAAUGAGGGGUGUGAGGAGGGGUGUGAGGUGGAGUGUGAGGCAGUGUCUGAGGAGGAGCCUGAGGAGGUGUCUGAGGAGGAGCCUGAGGAGGAGUCUGAGGAGGAGCCUGAGGAAGAGUCUGAGGAGGAGUCUGAGGAGGAGGAAUAUGGCGGGGAAGGAGCAGAGGCUGACCAAGUGGACGUGGAAGAGGCUGACUAUGUGCAGGAGGGGCAGGAAGGCGAGGGUGAUGAGGAGGAGUUAGACCAGGGCCUGGAGGAGGGAGAGCCGAGAGAGGAAGAAAAUCAUUUACCUCUGGAAAUGCCUUUGUCCUUCCUCAUUGGGGCUGAAGAAGAGAGAGAGAACUUUCUAACCUGCGCUUAUUUAAGCCCGGAACGGAUGCUCCCCAAAGGGCCGCAGGAAGGUCUCCUCACGGCACAGGACAUGAACUGUUAGACCUCAGGAAAGGGACUGAGGAAUGGGAUGGAACUGACUUGAGGCAAAAGUAGAUUAUCAGCUUGUUAAAAAGUGAGUUCCAGUAAUAAAGCUACCUCUGCAGCCCUUCUUCGGCCAUUAUAAAAUGUUUGAAAAUCGUUGUGUUUGUGUAUGACUGGGGGUGGGGGAGAGGAAGCUUUCCGAUUCCAGUAUACGUGGAAACGAUUAAAUACCAAAU